CUCAUCUUUCCUAUUCUCUCUCUACAACUUCAUCUCAAAGCAAAAAUAUACCUAAAAAGGGUUUCGUUUUCAUUUCGCACUCUCAAUUCUUCUCAUUUUUCUAAAAAUUAUUUCAAGAAAAUUGUAUAAUUGGCUUCAUUUCAGUUUCUUCUUUACAAAGAUAGUCGCUUUAUUAUCAGCCGUGGAAAAAAAUUAUUCUGGGUUUUUGUGAUCUGAGCUUUCGAUUUUGGAGAAAGGCUUUUAGUUGGUCUCCCUUUUACAUGGAGAAAAGUAACAUAGCAGUGGAAGAAAAUUCUCACACAAGUACUGAUAUCAAUACAUCUUUGUCGAAAUCCUUGGGAUCGCUCAUACAAAUUGAAUCAAUAUCUAUAGACCUUGAUAUUCCUAUGCCGAAGAAAGAGGAAGGGAACUGUCCACAUUUUUCAAUACGUGGAUAUGCUGCUGAGAUGAGAAAAAGGGAUAGGAAAAUUUGUUCUCCUUUUGCAUCGACCAGUGAUUGCAGUACUUCUGAGGAGCAACUUCCUCCUCUAGAUGUUCCUAAAUUUAGGUGGUGGCGAUGCAAAAAUUGCAUAAACGAGAUAGGCACAGAAAGUGCAGGAGAAGAGUGUGAGGUCCUUUCUUCAAGCUGCAGAAGUAGAUUGAACUCCGAAAACAUGGCUUCUACUAGUGCUAUGGCAAAUGUAUUUCCAGAGACAAAGCAGGAGUUAACUUCACGAAAAACUGACAGAAACAAAGCUAUUAUAUAUGGUUCUCCCAAUACCAGUAGUGGCUAUAACUUCUUAUGUAAACCAAACAAAGGAAGGUGCACUGUAGUUGAAGACAAAGCUAUUGCAGCUGGCAACAGAACUGGUUCCGGAAAUGUUAGAAAUGAGGAGAUCGGAUAUCCAAAUAUUGAGGUAGCAAUAUCUAAAGAACACUCAGGUCAAGAAAUAGGUUCAAAGAGCCCAGCUGCUAAUUAUCUCUCAAACAGCAGAAUACGAGUUGCAAUCUCUGACUCAACCUUGGCAGGGGAUAACAUUGUUCAUCAUGGAAAUCUCCACAUAAGUGCUGAUGAUGUAAGUGCUGAUAUUAGUCCAGAGAAAGAAAUGGGUUCUCCAAAUGAUGGACAGAGGAAAGCCUCAACGGCUUUCAAGCAAUCUGAUAUACCAGGUAGCAACGGUAAAGCUCUUGAAACUAGUAAGACGAAACUAAGUAGGAUACCUUCCCUUGAAUUGAGAGAUUAUGAUGAAACACCUUCAAGAUGUGACAUAAUUUUGGCUGAAAAAACACUGUGUGAUUUGCACCAUGAUAUUCCAAAUGAUCUACCACGUCGGAAAACUCGAAAGGUACGUCUCUUGGCUGAUAUAUUGGGUGGACAAGUCAAUUUGGAGACUAGGCAUGCCAAAGCAGAGCGUAGUUCAUCGAGUACCACGCCCACGGUGCCUUCUGAGCAAGAAAUAGUUGGUGCUUCUAAGUAUAAGGGAUCCUUUCAGAAGAAGAGGAAAUUAUCUCAAGAAGAAGACAGAAAUCUAUCGGAGAUGGGCAUACAAUGUAACGUGGCUAAAAAGGUCAGGUCCUCUCAUGGAGGAGCUGAGAGGAGUUCCAUGGCAAUCGAAAGUGAUGAUUUACGUUCAGAUGAGAAGGAAUCUGAUGGAGAAGGUAUACCGAGUGGUACCAAAAGUCUGCAUAUUAAGCAUAGAAAUGGAAAAAAUAAAAAGAAAAACAAGCAGCUUCGACCUGUCGAUGGAUAUUCUCCUGAAAUGCCCUGGAAGGAUACAACCAUGGAAGAUUGUGGUUCAAAGGGAUAUGGUGCUGCGAAUAGCCUCGUUCAUUCCGCGCAAUGUUAUCAGUCAUUGGUAGGAACCGAUAGAGACUCUGGUUUGUGUUGGAACAGUAGUAAGUUUCCUGAAGCUGGACGUGUUCCCUCAACUCUUAUGCAUCCAGACAAUAAUUCCCAGGGGGAAAGUUCAACCAGGAGGAAAAAUCUCGUACUUGUGACACCUGAUAUGGAAAUGGUGACCUCUCAGCCAGCGCAUGAAUUGUCUCAUAAAGUAAGGCUAGACCUGUCUUUGAACAGCUUCAGAGACUCUGACAAAUGUGCUGAGAAUGAUAUUACCCAAAAAAGAAAUAUGACAACCUGGCCGUUCAUUCUGCACAAGGGAAAUAAGAGUAACGAUCCUCGAGGGAAAGAUAAUACUCUUGUCGGACAGUCAAAUGUGACUGAUUCACAAUCUUCAAGGAAAGGAGUGAUUCAUGACCUCAACCAUGGAAUUUUCCAGACAUCAUCAAUGUGGCAAGGGAUCCAAAACUCUCCAAAUCUGCUUCAGAAGGGGAACCUUCAUGUUCCCGAUAUAAUGGAAAUGCCUCACCGGCGUAAUGGAGCCACUCUUAAUGAAUUUGUAGAGCAUUCAGAUGUAGUUAAGCAUCACAGAAAUCAACGCUCUGAGAAGGCUUUAGAACGGGGGUUAUCAGAUGAUAUACCAAUGGAAAUUGUGGAGCUAAUGGCGAAGAACCAGUACGAGAGGGGUCUUACUGAGACCAAAACCAAAUGCAUGAUUGAAAGAACUGAUGGUAUUGCAAGGCCAAGUUCUGAGAUAUGUGACAGUGAAGCAGUGACAUGGUCACGUCCUGGUUUAAUUAGUUUCCAUCCAUCUAAUGCAAAUACAAAGACCGAUGUUGGAGCAAGAAGCGGAAGCUCCCUCCAAUUCUCUCAUGUUAAGAGGAACCACCUCGGAAUGGCCCAGGUUGAAAGACUGCCGGUCAACCUGUUUGGUACCUUUCCACAAACUCAACAGGAAUUAUCUAAUGUAGGGCAAGGUUCUGCUUCCAUGAACAUCAGAUCCGGUUUGCAGCAUAGUGAGGAAGCAAACCCGGUAUGGUUUUCAAAUGUGCAGAACACACCAUUAGGACUUGGAAUUGCACAGAAAUCCAUUGGUCAGCCAAAUGAAAAAAUGAUUCAGAAAGGGAGGACUAUCAGCGACAUAAAGAGUGGUGAUGUGAGAAUGCAGAUUGAGCCUCAUCUUCUUUUAUCCAAAUCAGGAGGCAAUGCCGAUUUGAACGUGAAAAAUAUGGGGUCUUUAGAUCCUUAUAAUAAUGAGACAAUCCCAGCUAUGCAGUUACUCAGCCUUAUGGACCGAAGGAUGCCCUCAAGUCCUCCUUUCAAUCUGGAUAUAAACAAGCUCCGGGAGAAACCUUUUUCUCCAUGCAGUUAUCACCCGAGGUUUCAAAUGGAUGGUAAGCAGAGUAUUCUCAACGGAUCGUAUUUAUCACAUCAUCAGUUGAAGGAGUCUUCUGGGGUACACCCUGGUGGUUAUCAUGCAGAUCAAAUAUCUUUCAAGUCUCGAGGACAAGAGAAAUCAAGAAAUUUUCAUGCACCUCCGCGAUGUGGUGGAAGCAAAUCGGAGAGAUUUGUAUCUUCAAAUGGCCUGCUAAGCAUGAGUCGACAUUCUUGUCCUGAGAAGGACGAGCAAAACAAAAUCCUUGGCACAUCAAGUUCUCAGGUGCUUCCACUGCAGGAUCAUAAUGCUUCAAAAUUCUCUGACUUGGAGGGCCACAGUAAUGCUAGAGCUGUAUUUCCAAUCAACGGAAGUAACAUCUGCAGCCUUAACCGAAACCCUGCUGAAUUUAGUAUUCCAGAAGAAGGGAACCCCUUCACUAGGAGUGUAAAGGAUCCAAGAAUUGGGAAGAAGAUCUCAUCAAGAGAGAGAUCUCACAUUGUUGAUCUGAAUAAGCGAAAGCAGCGGAGAAUCACAAAGGAAAAAGAAGGGAGACUACUACCAUUAGGCCGUGCAUAGUGAGUUCCACAAAUUGUCUAUCUUUUUGCUGUGGAGACUCAAUUCUGCUGAAAGCAUACCUCCCAACUUAUACUCGGGUAUAUGGUUAAUGUUGGUUGGUUUCGCAGCAUAUAUUUUCGCUUACAAUACCAAUUAAAGUUUUCAGGUAAAUUAAUCUAUGAUAAUAAGAAAUGUAUCAAAAUGUUCAGAAACUUUGAAUAGAGUUAUACUCUGGACAUAAACUUGAACUGAUUCAAGAAACCGGAGCUCUUGAUUCCGGAUCUUGAUCCAGCUUGGAGGCAUGGUGAAUGUUAGAUAACUUGUGUGUUGUUGUGCUUCUUUUGUAUGUUGAACAGAGAAAACAUGAGAUAAAAUCAGCUUUGCUCUUCAAUAUUAAAAGGGUACCUUCUA